UAAAUUUUAUCUUUUAGUCUUGUGACGCACAUGUCGCAGCGUUGUCAGUUCGUUUAAACGAAUUCUCCCCGAAAAGAAAUGUUAAUUAUUAUUUAAAAAUUUCUUUUGCCCAAGUCAAACAAAAAAAAAAACAGUUGCUUCUGCUGUGUCAAACAAUCAAAACGGAAAUUCUCAUGUUUUCUGAAUAGUUCCAAGAAGGUUGUGUGAUUUGAUUUAAUAAGAGAAAAAAGAGAAAAAAAAAGACGAACCAAAAAAAGACAACUUUAGGACGGAAAGUAUUGUUCCGCUGAAAGUAAAAGUAUAGAUAAUUUUACACUAAAUACGUAAAAAUUAAAAUUAAGUGUGACAAAGUGUUUGAAACAUUUUCAAAAAAAAAGACUUCAUUUUCACACCGAGAAAGUGGUUUUGAUUUUUCCAUUCCUUUCCCGUUGUUUUAGAGAGAAAAAAAGACGCUAAAGAUGGACUAUGUAACAGGAUUUUAUGAAGGAUGGCGAGACCUGAUGGACAAUAAAUCAGAUCCAAGAACCACAGACUGGUUUCUUAUGAGUUCCCCGUUUCCAACAAUUAUAAUCAGUUUAAGUUAUGCAUAUUUUGUUAAGGUAAUUGGGCCCCGUUUGAUGGAGAACAGGAAACCAUUUGAACUUAGAAAAGUUUUAAUCGUGUACAAUUUUCUGCAAGUGAUUUUUAGCUGUUGGUUAUUCUAUGAAGCCAGUAUCACAGGAUGGCUUACUGGCUACAGUUUUCGAUGCCAACCAGUCGAUUAUAGCCGAACACCGAUGGCCCUGCGGAUGGCAAGAGGAUGUUGGUGGUAUUAUUUUUCUAAGUUCACCGAAUUCUUCGAUACAUUCUUCUUUGUGAUGCGAAAACGUUACGAUCAAGUUUCAACAUUGCAUGUCAUCCAUCACGGAAUAAUGCCAGUGUCCGUUUGGUGGGGUGUUAAAUUCACACCCGGCGGUCAUAGCUCAUUUUUUGGCUUUCUAAAUACUUUCGUUCACAUCAUUAUGUAUACGUACUAUAUGCUUGCCGCCAUGGGACCCAAAGUACAAAAAUACUUGUGGUGGAAGAAAUACUUGACUGUCCUUCAGAUGAUUCAAUUCGUAUUGGUUUUGGUGCAUGCACUCCAAUUGUUGUACAAAAACGAUUGCAACGCUGAAAUUGGUUUCGCCUACUUCAUCGGUGCACACGCCAUCCUCUUCUACUUUUUAUUCUCGCGAUUCUACAAAGAAGCCUACACGAAAAAACAAAAGCAAGCUGCCGAUGCCGCACGAAUUGCAAAUGGCAAGAAGAACGACGAUGCUGAUGCUGAUUCGAAACGCGAUAGUUUAAAAUUAUUGAAUGGUCAAACGAGCAUAUACAAGACGGAAACAACGGUAACCAGAAGCCGCCAUUAUGUUGGUUCGGCCAAUUAGAUGCGAACCAUUCGAAUCGCGUGCUCUUCAUUCAACGUGUGGAAAUGGCAACACACACAUACACACAACAACAACAACAACAACAAAAAGAAUAAUUUUUUUAGCAAAUUUAAGUGCAACAACAAAAAAAAAA